AUGAGUGUCUGGCGCAGACUUCAAAGGGUUGGAAAAAAAGCAGCUAAAUUUCAGAUCACUGCUUCUUUGCAUGAGCUGAAUAUUGAAUGCUCGCGUCAAUACAGCCCCGGAAACUUAAUAGUUGUUUGGUCUCGUCGCAGUCGGCGAUAUUCUUCGAAAUCAUUUGAACCUGUUAAAAGUUCCAGCAAUUCAAAUUCAUUUAAAUAUGUUUGGUCUAUGCCGGAGAAUAUAGAAUUCGUCACUACUUUAUAUAGAAAUGAAAAAGCAAUUCAAUUUGAAGAAAAAGAAUGGAUAUGUCAAAUCGAAGAUGUUGGAGCUAAAACUUCAGGUUUACUUUCGGCAUCUACACCAUCGGUUAGACGACGUGUCCUUGCUACCAGACAAAUCGAUAUAGCCGAAUUCGUCUCAGAUUUACCCGUGCAAACAAAUCUCAAAGUAGUCAUGCGUCUCGCUUCUAAAAAGUUAAUAUCUGCUACAGUUCUCCUUACGUUAAAUUCCGUUAUUGUAAAAGCUGGAGAAGCCACUGAUGAAGAUAUGAUAUCCAUAGCAUCACUCAUGUCAUUAAGUCGUACUGGAAGUUUUAACGUUGGCAGUGGAGUAACUAUUAAUGAUCUAGGUGGUGUCGCAGCAUUUUCACCAACAACAGCGAGGCUCUCUAACGUGGAUGAUUUUAAUUCACAUUCCUUUUCUAAUAGUACUUUUCACACUGAUCUUAGUGAAUUAACUGCUAAACUACAAUCUUUGGAACGACGUCAAAUAGAUCCCCUUGUAGAAUCUCCUAUAAAAGCAAACGGAAAUUUUUCAGAUUAUUCUUCAGAAUUAGAUAAUUCCAAAACAACUCUAAAUAGUUCGAAGAACCAAGAUUCACUCUCAUCUACGGUUGAUGAUAUAUUGACAAAACCACUUAUUCCUACUUUUGAUAAAAUAAUUCCUAAUUCAACUGAAUUAAAGCCUAUUUCAACUCAAAGUCGAUAUGAUUUACUUCUAUGGUGUCAGUUGGUGACUAAAUCUUAUGACAAUAUACAGAUAGUUGAUCUUACUACAUCAUUCCAGAAUGGAUUAGCUUUCUGUGCUAUCCUGCAUCAUUUUUUUCCCGAUCGAAUUGAUUACAGCUCAUUGUCAUCGGAGAACUCUCUACAAAAUUGUCGCCUGGCAUUCGAUGUGGCUUCUAAAUUGGGAGUACCCCGUGUACUUGAUCCAAGUGAAGUAGUUUCUAAAAGUCGUUCACCUGAUUUGCUCAGUAUGAUGACAUACCUCCAUCAAAUCCGUACAUUUUGCUGUGAACGAACAAAAAAUAAUGAUGAGAACUCUCCAUGUACAAAUGAUAACUUAGUAUUAAAUGGGAUCUUUGAACAAUGUAUCAAAACCAACAACUCAGAAACGAAUCAUAGUUUGCAGAAAAUUGAAAAUCCGCCGGAUGAAAACUCAAACAAUGCUAAAAAUAAUCUAACUAAUCCAGAUAAAGCUGUUAGAUCAACACCUAAAAAAAAAAUUCCUUUAAUGAAUUAUGAACAUAUGUUGGCUAAAGCACGUAGUCUCUUGCAACAAUCACGUCUAAAUUACUUAGCACCAACAAGUCGACCUGGUGCUUUACCGCCUUUAGCACAUCCUCGUAAACCACAUCCUAUAUCUGGUUCAUUGACAGCAAUUCAUUCAGUAGAUGAAAAUUUUAACCGGAAUCCAGUGACAGAAGAAAGUUUAACGAAUAUUACAUUAACUGAUGGACAAAAUCAUCGAUUGACUGAUACAAAGUUAUGUACAAGCACAAUAUGUAUACCGAAUGUUGAUACCUCAUUAAAUUCCAUUUCUAAGCCAUUUCGAUUUUCAACGAGUAAUAUUUUUCCAACACUUAGUAAACCACCACAGUCAACUGUUGACACAAGGUUUUCUCCGGAACAAAUGAAAGUUAGACGUCUACGUCUGUCACAAAUGAAUCUCUUUGCGUCGGGUCGAGGUAGUGGUGCACCAGUACCUAUACGUAUUGGUGAACAUCAUUUGGAUAAUAAAAUGGAUAACCGAACUCAUGUCUCCACUUCUAUCAAAAAUCAAGGCACUUUAGUCAAUAACAGUUCGUCUAAUGCACUUCUCUCCGUUUCGAAUUAUAUCAGCAAUGAGCAGGCUGAAUUAGAAGAGGCACAAAAGAAGUUAGAUAAAGAAGCAGCUGUACUAGAGCAGCGUUUACGCCAACAAAUGGCAUACGAGCCAGGCACCGCAUUAGAAGAAGAAUUGUUAAGACGAUGGUUUAUUUUAGUCAAUAAGAAGAAUGCCCUAAUUCAUCGGGGCUUCCAGUUGUCUAUAAUGGAGAAGGAAGAUGAUUUGAAAAAGAAAAUGAAAAUGUUGCAGGAUGAAUUACGAUCGAUUUUAUCCGUUGAAGAUUAUUUGAAAACAGAUAAUGAUAGAAGACGAGAAGAUCUUCUUUUACAAGAUCUUGUACGAUUGGUCAAUGAACGUGAUGACAUCAUUCAGGAAUUGGAUUUGCAUGAGAAAGUAUUAGCUGAAGAACUAGAACUGGAGCAAAAUGCAGGUUAUAUGUCAUAUGGGAGGCGUAGAAUUGACAAAAGUUGUGUACUACAAUAA